CAUCCACCCAUUAAUUCUGAUAAUCUACCCAUUCACCCUGGCAAUCCACACAUUCACUGUGUGAAUCUACCUAUUUAUGGUAAGAAUCUAGCCAUUCACUGUAAGAAUCUACCCAAUCACUGUGAGAAUCUAGCCAUUCACUGUAAAAAUCCACCCAAUCACUGUGAGAAUCUAGCCAUUCACUGUAAGAAUCCACCCAAUCACUGUGAGAAUCUAGCCAUUCACUGGAAAAAUCCACCCAAUCACUGUGAAAAUCUAGCCAUUCACUGUAAGAAUCCACCCAAUCACUGUAAGAAUCUACCCAAUCACUGUGAGAAUCUAGCCAUUCACUGGAAAAAUCCACCCAAUCACUGUGAGAAUCUAGCCAUUCACUGUAAGAAUCCACCCAAUCACUGUAAGAAUCUACCCAAUCACUGUGAGAAUCUAGCCAUUCAAUGUAAGAAUCUACCCAGUCACUGUGAGAGUCUAGCCAUUCACUGUAAGAAUCUACCCAAUCACUGUGAGAAUCUAGCCAUUCACUGGAAAAAAUCACCCAAUUACUGUGAGAAUCUACCAAUUCCCUCUGGUGCAUCUAGUAGACUUGUUCAUCACCUUGAGAAUAAUGCCAAUCACCUAAUCCAUGUGAGAGACCUUCAACUGGAGUAA